AUGGACAUGAAGUUUCUGCACGUUGACGAUAUUGGCGUUCAUCACUUGGGAUAUCGAAAUGAAAAAUUGGAAGGUGAUUCGUGGUAUCGUUAUCUUCACCCAGAUCAUUUGCGAGAAGUUUCAUAUAAACAUCGUUUAUUGUGUCAAGACAGAGAAGGUUCCACCAUUUGUCUUCUGCGACUCCAAACAAGCACUGGUGAAUGGCUGUGGCUGCACACCGUUCUCACCAUCAAAGGCAAUUUCUUGCAUCAGCCUCAAGAUGGCAGGCGUGUUCGACAUCUUAUCCAUGCUACAUAUCAGCUUGUUAGGUUGUCGCUAGCUAUUUUUAUUCAGAAAAAAAUUGUAAAGGAUUUGGAUUUAGUCCCACUGACACUAAUUAAAGCUCCUGGAGAUUCAAGCCUGAACAAAACAUCAUGUUUCUUCAAGAAUUUAUUCACUGAGCUAUGCUCCACUCGUCGACCAGUAAGGAAUAACCUCUCAAAAUUAUCCAAUAAAUUAUCAGAAUAA